AUGCCAACGAUCAAAUAUCUGGCAGACUUAAAUAAGAAGGGUUUAACCCCUAUUAAGGUCCUAAAAAAAUCAAAGGGGGAACAUUUCCCAGAGAAACUUGUGUCUGAUCCAGGAUGUAAAGCAAAACUAAUCAAAAUAGAGCUGUUGGAUGAUGAAUACGACGGCAUCGGUCAAAAAAGUCUCAAAGCAGGCACAGAAGACUCAGGAGACCCAGAAAACUCAGAUGUAACACCAGACUCUGGAGAAGAACUAUUAGAGGACUCUGAAGAUGAAGAAACUGAGAUAAGUGGUGACGAAGGGGGGGCAGAACAUACUCAAACUGAAAAGGUAGUAGCAGGUGCCACAAUAAUGAUAGAAGAAGAAAAAGAGGAGGAAAAAGGGAAAGGAUAUGGAAAAACAGUGCCUCCACCCCAGAGAAGCCAUAAAGGAAGUGUUAAAAAAAGAGGUAGAAAAGAGAAUGAACAUAAUGAAAAGAAUGAAGAAAAGAAAACGGGAAAACAAGAAGCAAAGGCCCCCAGCUCUGAUAUAGCAAAGGAACGGGAUGCACUCAAGAGAAGGGUUUUGCAAUUAGAGCGAAAAGUGGAAAGGCUAGAAUAUGAAACACGUAGCCUAGCAGAUGAAAAAGAAAUGCUAAAAAGGGCAUACAAAAGUGAAAAGAGAGAAAGAGAAUAUUUGGAAGAGAUACUAGACAAACUUGAUGAGGAAAAGGAUGCCAAGGAAGCAGAGAGAAAAAGCAAGGAAAGGAAGCAACAAAAACAAGAAAAGGAGGCCGAGAAACCCUGGAGUCAAAUGAGCCAAUAUGAUAUGCAACUCCAAACAGAGAAAGAGACCAUCAGGGAAUUAGAGAAAAAAGCAGAGUUAGCAAAAUUGAGAGAAUACCAGGAACACCUGAAAGCAAAGAUAAUAACUCAACCCCAAGAUCAACAAAUACGAAUGACACAAUACCAGCAACAGACCAAUAACCAGCCCAACCAAUUCUAUCAAUAUCAACCCAUACAAACCCUUCUUCCAGAGAGCCAAAAUACCCCCAAUAAGGUGCAAAAUUUUGGGAAAAGGGAAUGUAGAUAUGAAAAGAAACAGAAAGGCAGCUGUAGGUGGGGAAAUGAUUGUAAAUUCUCCCACAACAUAGGCGGGUUUGGUGGUAAUGCUGAUGAAAAGGAUAGAUGGAGGGCAUCAGGAUUAUGCUUUGCACACAUGACAGGAGUCUGCAUAAGAACUGAUUGCAGAUUUUUACACCCAGAGAAACAAAGAUACAAAGAGACAGGAUAUCUUCAGCAAACAGAUGUAACAAACCUGAUCGAACAAUGCAUAAAAGACUCAAUGGAUAGUAUUAAAAAAGAAAUUGUUAGAGACAUACAAUACCAUCAGCAGCAACAAGUCCCUCAGCACCCUUGGGUAUCAUGGGACCCUACCCUUGUGUAA